AUCUAUAGAAUGCGAAGAAGUGUUACCUACAACAACAACAACAACAACAACAACUACUACUACUACUACUACUACUACUCCAACAACCACCAUUCCAAUCACCCUUCCUCCUGAUCCAGUUUUCGGUGGAUCUCCGAUUUGUGUGGACAUUAUAUUUGUUAUUGAUGUUUCAUGCUCAGUGGUAAAGCAAUAUCAACGACAAGCCAUUGGAAUAAUAGAGAGCUUCAUCAAGGAAGUAAAGUUCAAAGGUGAUGAGACUUCAAAAGAACCAACAGAUAAUUUAUCAAAAUUGUCUGUUUUUAGGGUUCCAUUUGCCAAUAAAGAAUCAGAAACUGAAAAAACAGUUGACAGUAUUAUAGAUUUUAUGUCUGCAUUCAGUCCUGAUCAGAGAACUCUAUCUAAUGUUGCCAUUAUACCUUUUCAUGAGACAAGCACCAAUACAACUGUGCCAUUCCAAAAUAAUCGAAGACAACUGCAGAAAGGUCUUAAACAAAUCAUGAAAUAUGAGAGAGUCUGCAAAACAUUUGGAGACAAGGCCUACAGCAAAGCUGCAGAGUUCUUUGAUGCUAUUCCAAAAAGAAAUCGAAAUGUUGUUGUUGUAUUUGGUGAUGGACGUAAUACUGGGACAAAGCAUCAACGUUUAUCUGAGCAAGCAAUGGAGAGGUUAAAAUCUGAGCAAAAUGUAGAGGUUAUUUGGGUUACAACUCCAACUAAGAUUUUGAAAACUUCCAAAACUGCAUCAGAGCAAGUAGCAGAAAUAGCACGGGGACAGGAACACAUCGGACGAUAUGUGAAAAAACCCCAGAUAUUUGACAUAAGAGACAAUGCCUUAAAUACAAAACUAUUUGAGCAUUUUGCUGAAAAUUAUGUAUGUGAAAACUGAACAUUAGAGAGAAAGUGUUUACUCUCAAAAUUGAAUAGUUCAAUACCAUAGAAUGGUAUUUUGAGAUCCAAAAUAAUAAAUGAAAAUUGGAUAGCAUUUAACAUUACAGAUGUUAACUUACAAAUAAAACUAUUAGAAUUUUUUGGAAGUUUAAUGGGUGUGAAAUCUAAGCGAUUAGAGACUCAAGUAAGUGAUAAUAUCCAGUGAAUUAAAGUUUUAACUCUGAAUUGAAGCUAAUCUGUCAAUAUGAUGUCAAAAAACAAUAAACCAAAAUAAAUGAUCAGCUUAAAAGUGGAUGUUAUAUAAAGAAUAGCUCAAUAAAGAAAUGUUACAAGUACA